UACUUUAAAACUGCAAGAAAGAGUAGAGAAUCAGUCCCAAAGGAUUUGAUCGAUAAUUUCAAAGAACAAUCGGAGGAGAAUAAGAGCUUGAAGGCUGAAGUAGAGAAAUUGAAGGCUCAACUUGCUCAGGUCAUUGAUAAUCAGACUUGUGAGGCUGUUAUAUCGAACAAGUCCUCAAACAUGAACGACCCAAAAUGGAGAGAUGAUGUCGAGAUUUAUGAAUGUGGCACUUCAAGCUUUGAGGGAAAAAAAUGUAACCUGGCUGUGAAGCAACGUGAAAAUGUGGUGGCGUACGGCACAAUACUAUCAGAAGGAGGCCCAAAUAUACUGAUUCAUCAUGUUCCACUUGGAGAAGGGAAUUUCAAGGUAUCUAUUGAUGUUGUUUUAGAUGAAGGAGCAAAGCUUCCAAUUCCAAUUCCGUCUGGACCAACAAUCAUCAAUGAUGCUAUUGGAACAAUUGUUGCUUGGCCUAAAGAGUUGGUAAUUUUACCAACAAAGAAGGUACUUUCAAUUUAUCUUGAAAAGUUGUAUUUGAAAAAGCCUCAAUCAUUUGAAUACUCAUAUGAAUAUUUUAACAUAUUGCAGAAGAAUGUACAACAUCAAUCAUUUGCUCCUUCGGAUGUUCAUGGUGAUCAAGACAAGUACAAGGAAAUUGAGAAAACUUUACCGAUGGCAUGCAAGUAUAUCUACUCCUAUGUUAUUAGAUUGAUGCCUAAAGAUGAGAGCAUACACAUAGAAUUUGAUGAAGCUAUGUUUGGACGUCCUAAAAGUGUAUGA